GCCUGAUCUAAGGGAACAGUUAGCCCCUUUUGAGAUCAAGACAUUCAGUGAGAUGUGCAAUAAGCUUCGAAUAGUUUCUCGGAGGAAGAGAGAGGCUAGAUUAGAAGCUGAUAGAGAGAGGAGGAAAGAACCUCAUGGGAAACCCCCUAUCCACACCAGACCCAUUGGUGGAGUAGAGAAGAGGAGCAGUCAAAUCUUUGGAGGCUUUAGAAAUCAGAAGAAGAAGGGCUACUAUCAUAAGGGCCAGAGCUACAGAGGGAAUCAGAGUGGAAGUCAAGGGUCCUAUAGGAGCCCAGCUACCUUUAAUCCUACUCCUAGUGCUGCUAGUAAUCAAGCAUGCAGUAAGUGUGGGAAGUUUCAUUCUGGUGAUUGUUGGGUUUGUUACAUCUGCCAGAAGCCUGGUCAUAUUGCCCGAUUCUGCUAUCAAAACCAAAAUAGGGGUAAUGAUCAGAGACCUACAGUGCCAGCACGAGUGUAUGCCCUCUCUGGGCCGGAGGCUACUAAUAACCCUAAUGCUAUCCGAGGAGAAGAGCCAAGAGUGACACGUGGAGGAGUCCCAGAGGCUUAGUGGUAUAGAUCCACUGUCUCUUUUGGGUAUUUAAUUUAUGAUUUAUAAUGUGUUAUAUUGCCAAUAUUAGGACUUUUUUAUGUUUAUUGUCAAUUAUAUGAAUAUAUAAAUGUAAUCAUGCCUUUCAAACUAUUUCUAUUUUUGGUACAAUUUGGAUGACUGUAAUUUUAAUAUUUGGUUUACUUUGGAUUGGUUAAAAUGGCAUGAUUAUAAGGCCAAAUAACUGGCUUGUGUUGAAAAUUGACUAAA